AUGUACGAAUCUCCUCUACCUCAAACUUUUUAUAGGUGUAUUUGGGGUCUGGCUGAAAAACAUUUGCAAAUUCGUCAAGAUGCUGAGAGAAGGUAUAUGGCUAUGCUGGAGCAAGCCUGCAAGAUGCUGGUCGAUCAAAUUAUUGGAUCUGCAGUUGUAAAUGACGAUGGAGAGGGUUAUCAAGAGAAAGGAACAGAGUCAACCCCUAGCGCUUCCCGUAAUCCAAUUAGAUCGUGCAAAUCGUCAUCUAUCAACGAAUUGGGAAUCCAGUGCCCUGAACAUGUGUCUCCUGAAGUUCGUACUCAACAUGCUGUUCAUUCAACUGAAAGCUGCCUUACCUCCUAUGAGAUUCCUGUAGGAUCUUCACCAGAAAGAAAGAGGCAAAUGCUGAACAUGGAUUUGACAACUGUCUUUCAUAUCGGGUGA